AUGGCUCCUUAUGAAGCUUUGUACGGAAGAAAGUGCAGAUCCCCUCUGUGUUGGACUGAAGUUGGAGAGCGAAGUAUUUUGGGGCCUGACGUAAUUCGGGAAACCUCUGAGCAAGUAAAGAAGAUAAGAGAGAAUAUGCAGCGAGCGCAAGCCAGGCAGAAAAAUUACUAUGACAAGCGCCAUAAACCCUUAUCCUUCGAAGUGGGAGAUCAUGUAUUUUUGCGAAUCACGCCCACAUCGGGUCUCGGCAGGAGAAUGGGAGUCAAGAAAUUAAGUCCGCGAUAUUUGGGGCCGUAUCUGAUUUUGGACCGGAUUGGCGAAUCAGCGUAUCGUUUGGCAUUGCCGCCUAAUCUGUCAGGAAUUCAUGAUGUAUUUCAUGUAUCGCAACUGAGGAGAUACCUCUCUGAUCCGUCUCACAUUUUGCAACCAGAGGAAGUCGAUUUAAGAGAAAAUCUGACGUACCAUGUUCAGCCAUUUCAAAUUAUGGAAAGAUCUGUUAAGCAACUUCGUUCUAAGGAGGUUCCGUUGGUGAAGGUGUUGUGGAACAACAAAUCCGCAGCCGAAGCUACAUGGGAACGUGAAGAUGAAAUACGGAAACGCUAUCCUGAAUUAUUUAAUGAGUAG